AUGCACUUCAAGUCAGCAAUUUUGUUUUUGGUGGUUGCUGUAACUGUAAAUGCACAAUACCAACGCGUCAUCGAUCCGGCAACAUGGAACUACGCAAUGUCGGAGAGUAACAAGAAAGAGUGCACGGUGAGUAGCCGCUCGAAUACGGUGUAAAUCCCAUCUCAGGUCCAUAAAAACCAAUCGCUCCAUGUCGUUAUGGACAGAAUCUGCGAGCUUUGCCAUGAAAUGUUCAGCCAUGAGAACCCCAAUUUCCGUUCUCAAUGCAUUGCUAACUGCUUCAAAACCUGGGUAUUCCGGAGCUGUUUGAACGUCUUCAAACCCUAUUGA